ACGUGUAGUCCUGGCUUUAGCUGGCUUAGCGUUAGCAGCGCGUAGCUAGGCGGAGGCGCAACAAGCUCUCUGAACGCGAAAUAAGUACUCUGUCUUGAUUUUUUUUACCCUUGGAAUUAGCCCGAUUAUUUUAUGGGUGUGUAACCCCGGAGUACCAGUCGAGCCUGACGUAGCCCAAAAAUUAUGGUGAUGGCAUGGUCAUGUGUGCAGCCUGCACUGUGUGUGUGGAGAUGGUUUUAACAGACGCUGUUCUAGAGGACUCAGGAACACUGCACUGGCCUGGAGAAGCCUCAUAAACAAACACACGACACACUUUUACACAAAAAGAUUAACGUCGUGAGAAAGGACGCAGACGUGCGGACACAUAACACGAGCUUCACCGGAAGCAUACGCACAUUACCAAACGCUAUCGGUGUUCUAGCUGCUCUCCUGUGUGAGAGUUUACUUUUUACUUUUUGUCUGUCCCAUCUUCACCGCCACCAUGUCAAGCACCAUCCGCCGGCAGAUGAAGAACAUGGUUAACAACUACUCUGAAGCAGAGAAGAAAGUCAGAGAGGCCACGUCUAAUGACCCCUGGGGCCCGUCAUCUUCUCUCAUGUCUGAGAUCGCAGACCUUACAUACAACGUGGUGGCCUUCAGUGAAAUCAUGAACAUGAUCUGGAAACGGCUCAAUGACCACGGAAAAAACUGGCGCCACGUCUACAAGGCGCUCACCCUGCUCGACUACCUGAUCAAGACGGGCUCAGAGAGAGUGGCGUUGCAGUGCAAAGAGAACAUCUUUGCCAUCCAGACUCUGAAGGACUUCCAGUACAUUGACAGAGACGGCAAAGACCAGGGCAUCAAUGUCAGGGAGAAGAGCAAGCAGCUAGUGGUCCUACUCAAAGACGAGGACCGCCUUAAAGGAGAGAGGUCUCAGGCUCUGAAGACUAAAGAGCGUAUGGCCCAGGUGUCCACAGGCGGCAAUCAGAUGGGUUUUGGCCGAGGCUCGUCUCAACCCAACCUUUCCACUUCCUAUAGUGAAGAGUAUGGCAGAUCAGAGGGCUCGCCUGCUUCCUACCAUGGCUCCACGUCCCCCAAUGCAGGUUCGGAGCUGGAGCAGGCCAGACCUCAGACCAGUGGAGAGGAGGAGCUACAGCUGCAACUUGCGCUCGCCAUGAGCAGAGAAGCCGCUGAGCAGGAGGAGCGCAUACGCAGAGGGGACGACCUGAGACUACAGAUGGCCUUGGAGGAGAGCAAGAAAGAAGGCCCUGGCUCAGCAAAACUGGCCAAGAAGAAGAAAGAGCCACAGUCAUCUUUGAUGGAUCUAAUGGAUGUUCCAGAGCCUGGUGCCAGUGCUGACCCAUGGGGCACAGGGGCUGGUGCUGGGGCUGGGGCUGGAGCCGGUGCUGUGGCUGGGGCUGGAGCUGCUGCUGCAUCGGCAGACCCAUGGCAGCCUUAUGGAUCUGCCCCAAGGCCAGCAGCCCCAGUGGACCCAUGGGGUGCACCUCCUUCUGUCCCACCCAUGAAGAGCAGCGAUCCCUGGGCACCAAACUCCACUCCUGCCUCUGACCCGUGGGGCUCUGCAGCUGCACGCUCUAAGACUUCCAACACAGGUAACUUUGACCUGUUCAGUGUGUCCAAUGGUACGUCCAAAGAAGACUUCUCAGAGUUUGACAGCCUGCGUUCUUCCUCCUCUGUCCCCACUGGUGAUGGGGGCAUAGCAUCCUCUCUCCCCUCCCAGGUCAGUCUGGCUAGCAGCGGCAGUCUGGACCUCUUCGACCCCCUGCCCACCUCAACAUCUACUUCUGUCACCACCAACCCAACCAGAAAGACUCCAGAGUCCUUCUUGGGUCCCAACGCUGCCCUGGUUAAUCUGGACUCUUUGGUGACCAAACCAGCUCAGCCUGCACCAGUCGUCAACCCAUUUUUGGCGUCAACAGGUGGCUCUGCUCCAGCUCCAGCUCCAGCACCCCAUGCCAACCCCUUCCAAGUGAGCCAGCCAGCUCCCCCCACCCUCAACCAGAUGCGCGUCAGCCCGAUGCCCUCUGGCUUUGGCGGCAUGGCAGAGCCCAUAUCCCUCUCCACCAUGCCCGCUCAGCCCAUCACCAUGGUCCCCCUGGCAGGGAUGGCCCCCAUGGGCCACGUUGUGCCCGGAAUGGGGGUCGGUGCUGUGGGAGGGAUGGGGACGAGCACAGGGAUGAGUGCAGGAAUCCCAGCCUCCAUGUCCAUGCCGCAGCCACUGAUGAGCAUGCCCCCCCAUGCUGGAACGCAGCCUGCCGGAACCACCAACCCCUUCCUUUUGUGAGGGGUUGACUGGGGAACAACUUGGCCAGAGUAACCCCUCAUCUGUCUUCAACUUCAGCUCCUUAAGAGGCUUCAAAAUGAACAAGGAGAUGUCUUAUCCCAUGUAUUCAUUUCUAACCAACUCCUAGCCAGGUCACAGCCUGGCCUCCUCCAACUUUACCACACUCCCUUCCUCCUCUCUUUCUUCCUCUUUCUUUCUAUGCUAAAAGCUGCCUAGUCCUGUGUGUUCCAUACUGAUAUGAUGAUGAUGAUGAUGUUGAUGACCACGAAGAGUUUGCUUCUGUCUACAGACUUUAAAGAGUAGCAGUGGUGUUUACAGUUUUUCCACCGAGGCAGGACAGUUUCUCCUCCCUGUCCUCUACUCAUUCAUUUGCCUCUUCUCCCUUACUUCUUCCCUUAGGACUGCUCUUUUCCUCUUCUGUGGUGGAGUGACAGGAGAGUUUGACUGUACUAAUGCCAGGAUCUUAUCUCUUCACUAGAGCUAAUCUUUUAUAAGCCCUGUCAGCUUGUGUGUGUGUGUGUGUGUGUGUGUGUGUGUGUGUGUGUGUGUGUGUGUGUGUGUGUGUGUGCAAGAGAGUGCACAUCUCAGUACUUUUACACUGUGUAUAUUCCAGUGAGUUUUACUUACACACACUGGAGUAAGGAUGAGAGAUGGUCAGAUGUGUUUAUACUCUGUGUGUGUGUGUGUGUGUGUGUGUGUAUAUGUGUGUGUUACAAAGCAGGAAUUUUGCACAAUUUUUUGCUUUUUUUUUGGUUUUCUUUCUGCGACUGUUGGGCUCACCGUUACACCUUAGCUUAGGGAGGAAGUUUAGCCGCUAAAACGACCGAGACGACACACACUGCCUCGGCUCUUGGUACCAGUCAGUCACACAACUCUCGUCUGGUCACUUCCCCUCACCUUGGACCUUUUUCUCUGACCCUCCACAUGAACUUUGACCUCAGCGGGUCACAGGAUUAACAAUGAACACUUCUCAGAGGAGAUAAACCCUCUUUUUAACCCCUAAAGGUGGAAAAAAUGAGUGAACAGUUAUUGUUUUUCUUUCUAUGUGUGUGUGUGCGCACAUAUGCAGGUGUACUGUUACUGCUCCGAUACUAACAGCUACAUGUUGAUGUAUUUGCCACUGAGUUUCACCCAGUGUGUGUUUAGAGAAAAAGACACAAACUGUGAUGGCAUCAGUAUUUUGCUAUCUGAACAUAUGGAUGCAGUGAGGCAUCUUGGGACAGUUGUUUUUUCUUUUAAGUUUGCUACUAGGGUCAAAGGGAUGAGGGAGGGUUGUGUGUGUGUGCGUGUGUGUGAAGUUUGUGUGAGAGAUAUGUUUAGCUUCCAAGUGUACUUUAAUGAGCAAUUUUUUUUUCCAUUUCUCACUCAGUUAAGAGGAAACCUACUCACAUUUAGCUCAAGUUAGUUUCUGAAGUGCAACUCAAAAUAAGGGGUAAUUUAGGCAUCAUCAGCCUUAAGUGUGUGUGAGUGUGCGCAUGUGUGUACAAAUGUGCAACCAUUUAUCAAGGAAUGUUACUAUAGUGACAAGGUUGCAAAGAAAGCUCCAGGUUUAAAGGGCAUGUCAGCCACUCAGUGUUGUGAAGAGUUUACCUCCGACUGGAUUUGCUCUGGCUAAUCUAUUUACAAGAACAUUGCAACGUGGACACACACACACACACUCUCGAAUGGGGCUGUUCCAAGAUCAGACUAUUGACAGCACAGGGAAUCCCGCAGCAAAUAACGAGUCAUGUCUUGUACACAAGCAGUUGUUCAUUUUGUUGGUUACUUUUUGUUAUUUACUCAUUAGAUGUAAAUCCAUAGCCAAGCCUUUUCUGAGUUUUGGAGCCAUGUACUAGCUAAGCCGUGUGUCAUCUUUAUCCUCUCUUUUGUCCAUUUUCUGUCAUUCUAGUUUUUCACCCUAUGGGUAGGCCAUGUAAUUCUCUUCUCUUAGAAGCACAACUGUUACCAAAGUCAUAGCGACUGUGAUUUCUGAGGAUGCCGUACUUUGAACAGUAGGGUCACACUUCACUGACAUUUUUCCUUUUGGUUUAUGGAUGCUCAUGGUGUCGUAGACUCCAUCGUUAAAUUGUUUUAUAUUUCAGAGCUAUUUUACAUUUUGUUCAGAGUUUGUGUAAGAAAGUGUUACUGUUGGCUGAAUAUCAGCGCAUUUACUGACAGCAAGAUGAGCAUCUCUCUCUUCUAUUGGUUGAUGAAAAACGGCUAAAGAUGAGUUGCACCUGGUGUAUAGACCCUUUUUGUCUACAAGUCACUGUAGUCUCCUCAGCUCUGUCAGUAUAACUGCCUGUAUUGUUACUGUGGAAGGCUUUUUUUCCCUCUUAUGGUGUGGGUUGGCGCCCCCUCAUGGUCUGCUGUGGUAUGAUAGCUACACCGCAGGACCGUGGAUGUUUCCACUUAACGCAGACCUUCAUUUCUCAGGCAAAAGGAGGGGCAUCUCCAACUGUGUGUAUGAAUUUGAUGGUAACACUGACGGUGGUGGUAAUGAUUUUUUUUUUUUUUUAAUGCUUGGGGUCUUGAAUGAAUGGAUUGUUACACUUACUUGCAGACCAGCAAACAUUUUUAAUCUCAACUAAAUAUAUGCAAAAAUUGGAGUUAGAAAAGUGAAAAAGACAAGAAGACUUAACGCUCUGUGUUUUGCAAAGUUAGAUUUGCUAAUAGAGUCUUGUUUAUUGAAAAGCUAUUAUGAUAUUCUAGCUAAGACGUGUCACUUUCUCACUGGCCUGUAUUUCACUGCGGCCUGACCUUAAACUCUACUCCAGCGAUUGUGGGAAAAGUUUGUUAUUGAUGCAUUUACCAAAAAAAGCAACAAAAAAAGCCUUUACUGUUUUUGAACAAUUUGAGCACUCCCAAACAGUCAGACGACACUGCAAUUGAACACUUUUUCUUGAUCCCUGGCAGCAGUUUCACAGUCGUGGCUAUGGUGCAGUGAAAAUGUGGCCUGUGUGUAGCGAGCUCCUCCGUGUUACUUUAUGUAUUCACUAUGCUUUUAUCAAGAGGACUAACUGACCUUAUGGGCUGUCUGUCUUUAUAUGCAUAGACAGCCUCCUUUAUUCUUUUUCAUGUCUGUCUAGUUACCCUUCUCAUAGUACCGGGAGCAGGCUGUUUUGUUUUUUUUUUUUAAUUGGAUACGUGCCCAACCCAUUGGCAUUAUAACUGUAUAAUAUAAUUUAUCAUUUGUACUAUUGUAACAUACUGUUCUUCUGUAUACCUUAUUAUUCUGUGUAAUGGGUUUUUGUAGGAAAAGUCAUUGUGGUAUUUUAACGGCAUCUAAACAAACGAACGCAGCAGGCCACACCCUGUUGGAUGAGGACAACUGUAGCUGCAUCGGUUCAAAAUAAAAUGUGUAUCACUUCAGCUCUGUAA